UGACAUUUACACAAAUGUUUCCAUUGGAUUCUGUCCGAAGAGCGGAAAACGUAAUUUUUAUUUUUAUUGCACUCUAGUUACGAAACUAACGUGCACUCGUUUCUUAUAAGUAUAUUUUUAAAAAUAAUCUAUUUAAAAUUUGAUCUAAAAUGGUGUCUUCAUACGUUAUUUACACGGCUGUGCCUAUUUCCGUCGUAGUUGCAUUAGGAUUAAUACGUAAAUGGAGAUCAAGAAAUUGGGCUAAAUGUGUAAGCAACACUUGCUUGAGAGGUAAAACUUUCCUUAUUACUGGAGCAAACAGCGGGAUAGGCCUGGAAACAGCCAAAGCUCUUGUGAAGAGGAAGGCGCGAGUUAUUUUUGCUUGUAGAGAUAUUGAUAAGGCAAAACAAGCAAUCGCUGAAAUAAGAAAAGAACAACCCACAGGAGGCGAACUGAUUCCUAUGCAAUUAGACCUUGCAUCUUUUGAAUCAAUUGAGAAGUUUGUUGAAGUAGUUAAGGCUGGUUUCUACAAAAUAGAUGUUCUAAUCAACAAUGCCGGUGUCUCAGUUCCACUUAAACAGGAUCAGAAAACAAAAGAAGGUUUUGAGAUACACAUAGGCGUUAACCAUUUGGGGCAUUUCUAUCUCACAAACUUACUUAUUGAUUUAUUGAAGAAAGCAUCACCGAGCAGAGUCGUCAUAGUGUCAUCGACAUUACAUGAAAAAGGAAAAUUGGACUUUGGUGAUUUGAAUCUAAGAGCUGAAAUUGAAGAGGCAAAGAAAGGAAAGAGUGGCCGUCACAACGCUGGCUAUUGUAAUUCUAAGCUGAUGAACGUUUAUUUCGCACGUAGUCUGGCUGCCAAGCUGAUGAGUGAAGGGGUUGACGUUAAUGCAUGCUGCCCCGGGUUCUGCUACACUAAUUUAUUCAGAAAUUUCGUAAGAUGGUACCAUUACAUAUUGAUGGCUCCUGUUGCAUUCUUCUUUAUGAGGUCAGCUAAACAGGGCGCAGAAACUGUGGUGUACUGUGCAAGCGACUACAGUAUCGAAGGCCAUACUGGUAAGUUUUACCGAGACUGUGCCGAAUACACUUCCAAGUAUCCAUUCAACAAGGAAGAAGAAACAAAACUUUGGGAGAUCAGCGAAGAAAUGGUCGAAGCAAGGAAGCCGCUGAAGAAUUAACCGGAUACUUUUUAUUAAAUUCAUAAUAUUGUAAGUAAAUUAUUAACUCCUGAACUGUUUAGUUUAUUUGUUCCAAUUGUAUGUAACUAACAUUUUUUUUUUUAAUUUAUUACUCUAUUUUAAAAAAGAAACAUAAAAUUUGUACAAUUUUCGAGUGAAUGUCUGUACAAUAUUUUGGUGCGUUUUUUUGACAGUUAAUGACGCACAGAUAAAAUAUUUCUGUAAAGUUAAUUUGAAUAAUUAUCAAGUCGAGGGCUUGUAUAUAAUUAUAUAAUUAUCGAAUAAUAAAUAUGUUACAUAUCAUGGUGUCAUUGUGUAAUUAGAUGUAAGUAGAAUUCCUUGACUGUUUCAUAAUAAAUAAUUCAUCAUGUAUGUUUUGGAUUUAUUAAUGGAUCUUUAUUUCUCAAAUAUUUAGUUUAUUUAUUACUUUAUAAAUUGUAAUUCAUUCGUAAAAAAAAAACCAAAAACCCAAUGGUUUAUAUGUAUUAAAAAGUAAAAUGAAUAAUUAUACAAUUAAAAAUAUAUACAUAUUAAUGAUACAUUUAAUGAACGUGUGAAAAUUAUAAUGUAUUUAUUGUUUAAAUAUCAUUAUAUUAUUCAAACGUUACUUAAAUAUUUAUUGAAAAAAAUAUAAUCAUUGUUGCCAUAUGGUGGAAUAAGACUGGCUGAUUGGUGCAAUUAUAAAAGUUAUAAAAAAAGGUAAAUGUUCCAUUUUUAACCUGUAUAAUUAGCGAUCAAUUUAAAGUUACGGCCUUUUUUAAUAUUAAUAGUCAUCUCAUAAUCCGAAAUAAUAUAUAUAUAUAUUAGUCAAAUCCUUUGGAAAUGUUAAAUAUUGGGUACAAUUCUGGUGUUCAAUAUUACUACAUUAAAGCUUUUUUGGUUAACGAUCGAUUUAAGUGGCGGUUCCUAGAGGUAAAAGGACUUUAAACUUCAUUUAGAAAUAUAUCUUGCCAGAAAACUAUAAAUUUAGUAUCAAAACAUAAAAGUAUUUAAACACUUCGUACAGUUGCACACGAUAUAAACUAAAAAAGAUAUAUUUAUGUAAAUAAAUUACUCUUUGUAAAAAUAACAAAAUAAUAUUGUCAAUAUUUUUUCCCUUUAUAUUUAUUUUUUAAGUGUGAGUGAUGCUAAAUUUGAGUCCCUAUGGUAUGCCUAAUAAAUAGCUGACCAGAGUCCCAAAAAUACAUUUAAAUAUUGCGUUGUGUACAGCAGAAUCGACACCAAAAUAUAUAUUUCCAUUAAUGAAAUACUCAUUACAAAAUAUUGAUACUUUUAAAUACUUGUCGGGUAGAAGUAGAAUUCCAAAGAUUUAUAGUUUAUAAUUUUUGUUAAAUUAAUUAUUAAAUAUAUUCGGGUAAUUGUUGAUAA